AUGAUUGAACCAUUCCAGACUACUUUCGCGGUCCCGAUGACCUGCGAAGGAUGCGUCAAAGACAUUUCCAGCUCCCUAUACAAGCUUGACGGUAUUAAGAAGGUGGACGCCAAUCUCAAGGACCAACUCCUCUUCAUCGAAGGCACUGCGCCACCGAGCUCCAUCGUGUCCGCCAUCCAGGACACCGGCCGAGACGCGAUUCUGCGCGGAAGUGGCACUACGAACAGCUCUGCCGUCUGCAUUCUCGAAACCCACUGCUCCACCGUCUCCAACAAGAUUCGCGGUCUUGCCCGCAUGGUCCAGGUCUCCCCGAACAUGACCCUAGUCGACCUGACCGUCAAUGGUAUGGCCCCAGGGAAGUACUGGGCCACCGUCCGUGAAGCGGGCGAUAUCUCACAGGGUGCUGCUUCGGCAGGCGGCAUCUGGGAGUCGUUGAAGAACAAGGUCCUGGGCUCGGAUGGCGCCCCGCCGGCAGAGAAGGAGCCGCGGGGCAUCUUUGGAUCGGUGGAUGUGGAUGAGAAGGGCCGAGGCAAUGUGUUCUUGGACCGACCCGUUGCUAUUUGGGAGUUGAUCGGGCGGAGUAUGGUGCUCUCGAAGACGAAGGAGGGACCUUUCAAGCGCGACGAUGAACAUACCCUUGUUGGUGUUAUUGCGCGCAGUGCGGGCGUGUGGGAUAAUGAUAAGAUGGUUUGCUCGUGCUCCGGUAAGAACGUGUGGCAGGAGCGACAGGAGCAGGUGAGUCAGGGUAUGGCUUGA